GCCCGGGGCAGGCGCCUGCUCAUUCCUCCCUCAGCCCGGGGGCGGCGGCGGCCCCGGGCGCGCGGGAGCAGCCGCGCCUCAGGCGGGCAGAGGAGCCUAAGUGUUGCCUCUGACCGUCCGGAUUGAUUUACAGGAGCCUAAGUGUUGCCUCUGAGCCAUCCCAAGAGCGCCUUCCAUGUUUCAGGGAAUCCCAGAAUGAAUUUUAAACAUGCCUUGUGGGCACUCAGCUGCAGCCACAGUGCAGACCAGACUUCACUCGCUCGCAGCUCGCUCCACGCCCUCUGCAACAAUGUCUGACAAGCCCGAUAUGGCUGAGAUUCAGAAGUUUGAUAAGUCGAAAUUGAAGAAAACGGAAACGCAAGAGAAAAAUCCACUGCCUUUGAAAGAAACAAUUGAACAGGAGAAGCAAGCAGGCGAGUCGUAAUGAAGCAUGCGCCGCCAGUAUUCACUGCACAUUCCACAAACAGUGCCUUCUUAUUUUACUUCUUUUAGCUGUUUAACUUUGUAAGAUGCAAAGAGGUUGGAUCGUGUUUAAAUGACUGCGCUACCCCUUUCACAUCAAAGAAUGGAGAACUACUGACAACGUAGGCCGCGCCUGCCUCUCCCAUCUGCCUAUGUGGCUGGCAGGGAAGGAAAAGAACUUGCAUGUUGGUGAAGGAGGAAG